UGAUAUGCUGUCAGACAAGUGCCAGAAACUUCAAAAAUUCGUGGCGGACUCUGCAAUGUUUUUGCCUUCUCGUGAUAUACAAGUCUUACAGGAAACCGUGAAGGCUUUACAGCAGGAUAUCAAUGAGAAGAGGGAGGAAUAUCUGCCCAAGAAAAAGUUUACUUUCAAGGCGAGAAAAAAAGAAACAUUUAAUAAGGCAACCUGGCCUUCCUGCUCGCAUCCAGGCCUAUUACAGAUUCAAGAUGGCGGAUGUUAGAGAGAGACUCGAAAGACGAAACGAAGAGCGAUUGGCAGCGAUUGAGAAGCGUAAAGCUGAUAAAGAAAGCAAAGAACAACCAUCAGAAAAUGUAGAGUACAUCACUUCUACUUUCUCUAAAGAAAAGAGUGAUAUUGAGGAGCAGCUAGGCAAAAGGGCUACUACAAUCGAAGCCGGGAAUAAACUAAAGGCGGGUGAAUUCUUUGAUAUGCUGUCAGACAAGUGCCAGAAACUUCAAAAAUUCGUGGCGGACUCUGCAAUGUUUUUGCCUUCUCGUGAUAUACAAGUCUUACAGGAAACCGUGAAGGCUUUACAGCAGGAUAUUAAUGAGAAGAGGGAGGAAUAUCUGCCCAAGAAAAAGUUUACUUUCAAGGCGAGAAAAAAGGAAACAUUUAAUAAGGAUGGACCUCUCAGUCAAGAGACAAAGAACAAAGAGCUUCCUUUACCAGCAACAGAAAAGAAGCUUUUAGAUUCCUGUCUAGGUUUUCAAGGAGUUGCAGAUCAAACACUAACCAUGAAUCAAUCACAGGUCAAAAAUCAAGACAUCACUCUAAGAGAUCUUCAAAACUGCACUGUAAUUAUCUAUGGUCCACCAUCUGCAUUGCAUAUGAACAAACUGACAAGGUGUACAGUCUUAUGUGGACCUGUGUCAGGAGCAGUAUUCAUUGAAGACUGUGCAAAAUGCAAUUUUGUCUUUCCUUGUCAUCAGCUGCGAGUUCAUAGCACAACUGACAGCAAGUUUUAUCUUCAUGUCACUAGUAGAGCUAUUGUUGAGGACUGUUCCAAUGUAGGUUUUGCUCCUUUUAACUGGGAGUAUGAAAAUAUGCAGAGUGAUUUUAAGUUGGCAGGGCUCGAUCCUUUAGAAAAUAAUUGGUCUCUUGUCAAUGAUUUUAACUGGCUGAAAACUGAUGAGCCUUCUCCCAAUUGGUUCAUAAUAAGGGAGGAUCAGCGCGUAAACAAGUGGAUCAUGUAAACAUGUUUGAGAAGCUUUUCAUAACAUGUGUACCAAAUGAAAGUCACAAAAUCAUUGAAAGAAAUGAUCUUACAUUGUUAGACCAGUUUCUCAAGUUUUACGUUCAGCUAACAAUUAUUAUUAUUGUACAAUCUAAUGUUUGUAGUUUUUGUCAUAUAA